AUGACACAAGCUGUGGCUAAUAGUGCAGCUAAUGGGUGUUUUAUAGAUAAGACUUAUGCUCGUAUCACUCAAUUGCUUGAUAAGCUUACUACUCACAAUCAAGCGUGGCACUCUAGUGGUACUGGUGUGGCCUAUGGAGCUCCAGCAAUCCAGAAUUUUGUGAAGGAAAAUCAAGAGACUCAACAAACCUUAGCUCAGAUAGCUACCAUUGCUGAAGAAGAAGAGGCACAAUCUGAUGUGCCAACAAUUGUUGAUGAGGUCCAGACAGAAGUUCCUCUUGUUAAGUUGGCAAAAAAGACCAAAGAUGCUAAAUGUCAGAAGUUCUAUGAUCAAUUGAAGCAACUUUCCAUGAACAUCCCUUUUCUGGAUGCUGUCAAAGAAAUGCCCAGAUUUGCAAAUUAUUUAAAAGAUUUUAUGACAAAGAAGAGGUCUGUGAAGCAUGACACUAUGGCCGAUAGAUCUAUUAAAAGGCCAGUUGGAGUUGUGGAUGAUGUGCUGUUAGGGUUAUAUGGAGACGGUGAUUCUCUUGUGGGGUUGGGUUCCUAUUCUUACCAACCAAAGAAGCUUGAACUUGAUCUUGAAAAUAGAAAGACACCUCCAGCAAAACCAUCUAUUGAGGAGCCGCUGAUGCUUAAGCUUAAGCAGCUUCCUUCAUAUAUGAGGUAUGAAUUUCUGGGCACUGAUAAUACUUUGCCAGUGAUUGUGUCUGCACUGCUGAAUGAUGAGCAGAUGAAGAAGUUAUUGGAGAUUCCGAGAGAGUAUAGACGUACAAUUGGGUGGACCAUUGUAGACAUUCGGGGUAUGCCUUUUGGUAUUGUGAGCACAAGAUUCAGCUUGAAGAUAAUAGUUCACCGAGUGGAACAUAAGAGAAGAUUGAAUCCACCCAUGCAAGAGGUAGUCAGGAAAGAGAUUAUAAACUGGUUAGAUGCUGGAGUUGUUUAUCCUAAUGCAGAUAGUAAAUGGGUGAGCCCGGUCCAACAUGUUUCGAAGAAGGGAGGCAUCACUGUGGUGCCGAAUGCUAAGAACGAAUUGAUUCCUACAAGGAUGGUUACUGGGUGGCGUGUCUGUAUGGACUAUCAGAGGCUAAAUUCUACUACUUGCAAGGACCAUUUCUCCAUGCCGUUUACUGGUAAGAUGCUUGAUCGGCUUGCGGGAAGGUCAUAUUAUUACUUCCUAGAUGGGUACUCCGGCUACAACCGAAUUAACAUUGCUCUUGAAGACCAAGAGAAGACUAUGUUCACGUGCCCUUAUGGGACGUUUGCUAUCAGUAGGAUGCCAUUUGGUCUUUGUAAUGCACCGGCUACUUUUCAACAUUGUAUAAUGUCUAUUUUCUCUGAUACGGUUGAGGACUUCUUGGAGGUCUUCAUAGAUGAUUUUUCUGGCGUGGGAGACUCUUUUGAUGAGUGUCUUGACCAUCUGGGUCGAGUGCUAAAGAGAUGCGAAGAGAGGAAUCUCCUACUUAAUUAG